GCGCUGCGCUGGGCGGGCGGUGCGCGGCGCAGACGCGGUGAGCGCAGCGCGGGGCGGUGAUGGCGCACGGGCACGGCCGGUGCCGCUGCUGCGGGGAGGAGGCGGCGGGCGGCGGGGAGCGCGGCGCGGCCUGGGGGCUCUAUCUGCGCAUCGACCGGCAGCGCCUGCAGUGCCUCAACGAGCGCCGCGAAGGGAGCGGUGCGCUCGUCUUCCGAGCUUGGGAGGAGCGCGGCGACCGCGCCAAGUUCGUGGAGAGCGACGAUGACGAGGAGCUUCUGUUCAACAUCCCGUUUACGGGCACCGUGAAAUUAAAAGGAGUGAUUGUGAUGGGAGAAGACGACGGGACGCAUCCAGCAGAGAUGAGACUGUUCAGGAACAUUCCUCACAUGUCCUUUGAUGACGCAGCCAGGGAACCGGAGCAGACGUUCAGCCUGAACCGGGAUCCAGUGGGCGAGCUGGAGUAUCCCACCAAAAUUGCCCGUUUCUCCAACGUUCACCACCUCUCCAUCCACUUCCCAAAGAACUUUGGAGCAGAGACAACGAAGAUUUUUUAUAUAGGCCUGAAAGGAGAGUGGACGGAGGCUCAUCGCCACGAAGUCACCAUCUGCAGUUACGAGGCAUCAGCAAACCCAGCGGAUCACCAGGUGGAACACUUCACCCCCCAGACUCACUUCAUCUCCUGACAGCGCCGGUGGGAGCCUCCCGAGGGCUGUGCCGCGGGUGCACGGGCACGGCUGGGGCAGAACCGUCCUCCUGGAGCCCCGAGUGGCGGGAGCAGCUCCAGCGCCGUGUGUCGGCCUGUGCCCCGGGGCCGCGGGGCCGGUGUGUGCAGGCGGGUCCUGCGGGCGGCACGGCCCGUUCGCUCCGCCGCGGUUCCGGUACUUCUCUCACUGACAAUAAACCAGCCGCGGCUGUGCUGGCCCGCG